GUAUAAAGUAGCAGCUCCACUUAAACCACCAUCUCCGAAAUCAACUGGAUUUUGUCACCAAACUUCCCUCCCUGCAAUUAUUUAAUUUCACACACACUCAACGCUGAACUCAAAAAGCUCCAGUCUUUUGAGACUUCUUCCUUCCUUCCUUGCUUCCUUCCUUCCCAGUUGACUACAAAGUUAAUCAAUGUAUCAUCCGCCUAAUUACGGUCCCAGCAACUCCAAACGCAGUUACACAGAGAUUGAGGGUGUUGAUUUCGAUGACCCCGUCUUCUCAAAUCCCGACCUUUUCCCUCUCAGCUACUCUCACCGCCCCGCUACCGCCGCCAUUGGCAUUUCCCCACCACACCCAGCAACCGCGGCCACUCCCCGAGACGAUUGCCCACAACCGCAACUGCACGUGCCUCUGCCUCCGCGGGUGCAGCAAAAACUGAACAGUAUAUGUGGGGAGAAACAGCAGCCGCUGCCGGACGCCGAGUUGAGAAGGAAGCUGGGAUUGCUGGGGGAGGAGAAGGCACUGGAACUCCUUGGUGACAUUAACAACAUCAGCACCCUCAGUGGAUGCAUUUGGUUCUUGCUCCACCAUGAAAAGUACCAAUGUACCCCUCAUCCUCCUUCUCCUUCCCCUUCCCCUUCCAAGUCUGGCCCUGCUGCUUCUCCGCUUCUUCACAGCCCGUCUCCUGCUUCUCAAAUCACUCCUGGUCGUCAAGGGAGUACUAGUGGAGGACAGAUGCAAUUGCAUACCUAUUUCGCUGCAGCUCCUUCAAAAUCUGUACGCGCAUCUCUUUUUCAAGGCCCAUCAUCUGCUCCUAUCACUCCUGUUCGUCAAGAGCAACCUGCAGAUCGUGGAGGAAGAGAGAGGCCAUUGUAUUCCUCCUAUCCCUCGGAUUCUCCUUCGAAAGCUGCCCGUACUUCUCUCUUUCAAGGCCCGUCUUCUGCUUCUACUUCUAAGUCUUCUCUCACUCCGGUUCGACUCUUUCAAGACCAACCAAGACACGAUGGGCAGGCACAAUUAGAAGCUCUAGGCGAACUUGAAUUCAGGAGACAGUUUCUGAUAUUAAAUUACGCCGGAGGAAUGAAGUUAGAAGAUGUUCUAGCACCAGAGACUAUUAGAAGUUGGAAAGAUAUGCCGAUGCAGCAGUUUGAGAACACAAUUUGGGAAACUUUGGGUAGGAAAUAUGCUCGCAAGGAAAACCGACAAUGCACUUUGGAUUGGGAGUCUGGAAAAUCAUACGUCUACCAUUGUGAAGUCGCUGUGGAUGGGAGCUACAAUUUUAAGGGCCCCUAUCUACACACCGCAAAAAGAACUCUCCUACAGAAAGUUUUAGGAGACGACAGCAUUUUAGUGGUGAAAUUUGCCGAUGUGAAGGAUACCAGGAAGCAGAGGGACCUUUAUGCUGACUAUAGCAAGGUCGCUAGAGAAGGGAUUCUUGUUGGUUUGCGCCGAUAUUGUUUCUUUGUGUUCAAAGAUGGUGGCAAUAAAGAAAAGAAAAAAAGCCCGACUUCAUCACCUGUGAAGUGUUACUUUAUCCGUGUGGACUCUAGUGCCGCGAUUGACAGGGGAGAAGAUUAUAAAAUAUCUAAUAAAACGAUUCAUGAAGCAAGAUGCAUUUUCAUGCAUCCACAUACUGUGUCCACCGUGAGCAACUACAUGAUUAGGUUUUCACUCAUUUUGUCUAAGACAGAGAGCUUAGAAGUAAAAGAUUGGUCUCUUGUGAGGGUUGAUGACAUUGAUGAUGAGUAUUGUCUGGAUGCAUACGAUAAUCGUAUCUAUAGAGACGGCAAGCCUCUUAUACAUUCAGAUGGAACUGGAUUCAUAUCUGAGGAUUUGGCGUCACUUUGUCCGAAAGAAUUACUGAAAAAAGAGUUCAGCAAUGAAUACUUUGAGCCUUUGCUCAUGCAGAUCCGACUUUUCUACAAGGGCCGUGCUGUGAAGGGAACCUUUCUGGUCAAUAAAAAACUACCACAAAAAACGAUCCAGAUUCGACCAUCAAUGAUUAAAGUUGAGACAGAUCGACAGAUGCUGGAUGGUCAAACAGUGAAUUCGUUGGAUAGUUGGAGUAAGUACAAAGCCUAGGAAUACAAAAUUUUCGAGGAAUUUAAUAGCCCUUCUAUGCCAUGGAGGGGUGCCGAAAGAUUAUUUCAUGGAGUUACUGAUGAAAGAUCUGGAAAAUACUCAUGGUGUUUUCUGCAAUAGGCGUGCAGCAGCCAAACUUGCCUUUAGCUACGGCGGGAUGGAUGAUGACUA